CCUAUGCACAAUAAAUCAUAAUAAAAUAUUAUUAUUUAUUAUUUAAUAUUUAUUAAUUAUAUAGUUAUUACUAUAACGUCUAUACUCCAGCUGCAUAGUCUAUUAUAUCAUAAAAUUGUAAAUUACAAUAUCCAAAAGUCGGGGAGUUUAAGAUUUUAGUUCCUAAUAAAGUAAUAAAUAGUUUAUCGUUUUUUCUGUGUCACUCUAUCUUUAAUAUUUUAUGCAAGCAUCUAAAAUUUAAUCAUGGCAAACAAUAAGCCAGGACGAAUAUCUGAUAAACUUGUUCGGUGGGAAGCCGAAAAGAACCCAUUGGCACCUUUAAGUCAGUCUCAAAUCAAUGCAUAUCUGAGUUUGUCCGAACACAUAGGUGAUAGUGAUUUUAUGUCUUUAGAAAUCGAAGACCAUGACAUAGAUAAAUCAGAUAUAAAUGAAGAUCCACAAAUUUUAAAUAGAAACAUUGAAUCUGCCGAGGAUUUUCAUAAAUUCUAUCACGAGAUUUCUCAAAAAUGGAUGUCCGCGGAUAUAAAACCAUGUUUACAGCUUGCGAAUGAACUAAGAAGUCAGCUUGACGAGUGGAAUUUAAUGUUAUCUAAGAUGGACGAGUGUAUGGAGCUUAUUGGUAUGUUAGAAGAAAAAUACAGUGAGGUUUCAAAGAAAACAAACUCUUUAUAUUUAGCUGGAGAAGAACUACACACUGAUCAGACAAGUCUUAGUAAUAUAUGUCAAGAAAUUAACGAACGUUUGUCCAUCUUCAAUGCUGCUGACUCUAUUCACUCAAAAUUGGAUUCACCUUCAUUCAUUGUUACCAGUGAAAUGUUUGCUAACAUGAUGAUGUCUAUUGAUACUGGAAUUAAAUAUUUAAAUUCUCAUAUGUCGUAUAAGGAGAGCAAUAAAUAUCUUGCUCUGUAUAUAAACGCCAGGUACAAAGCUCUAUCGCUUGUUCAAACUUAUAUAACUCAGUGUCUUCAGACAGGAACAGAGAGUUUAGAUACAACUGAAUUCAUAGCACACUACGGGAAGUUUCAAGCAAUUGCAACAAAAGUACGGCCAGUAAUAGAAUUAUUGGAAAACCGUAUAGAUUUGGAUCCAGUAUAUUCUGCAGCAUUGGAAGACUGUGUACUGGCUUAUGUGACACGACGAAAAGCUCUUCUUGGUUCGUCCAUAAGUAAUACACUGUCCAAUUACACAUCGAGCGGAAGUGAUUAUUGUUCAACAUUACGUUCAUCGUGUAAAAUUCUCAUACAAUUGACUCAUGACGAAAAUCGAUUGUAUCAAUGUUUCUUUACAAAUAAAUCUCCAGUAUUCAGAGAAUAUCUUGAAACAGUUUGUAUGCAUUUGUAUGAUAUGUUAAGGCCAUUAGUUAUUCACAUGAAACAUUUUGAAACAUUAGUAGAACUUUGUACAAUCCUAAGGAUAGAAAUAUUACAAGACUAUGUUUCUGAAGAUGCAUCACUUGAGGUUUUUGGAUCUGUAGCAGAGUUACUGUUACAAGAUACACAAGAGCGUUUAGUAUUUCGAGCCAAUUUAUACUUUGUCACGGACAUUUCCGAGUACAAGCCAUCACCCGGUGAUAUAGCGUAUCCAGAAAAGUUAAAACAAAUGGAAGCAAUUGCUGAAGAAAUGCAAUAUCGACAGUUGACUAGAUACGACUCGACUGGAAGUUUAGUGUCAUCUGUAUCUGAAGCGCCAUCAGUUAUGUCAAAACAGUCAGGUGGAUGGACUUCUGCUGCAGAUCUUCAUGGAAUGUGGUAUCCACCUGUGAGACGUACAUUGAUGUGUUUAUCACGUUUGUAUAGAUGUGUUGAUAAAACCAUUUUUCAAAGUCUUUCUCAUGAGGCAGUUGCAUUGUGUUUGAAAAACAUACAUCAAGCUGCUCUGUUGAUUCUCAAAAAAAGUGAAAUGGAAAUGAAAGAUAAGAAAUUGUAA